AUGGGUAACGCGGUCGCAUAUCGACACUCGGUUGCUAAGCAACAAACGAGAAAGAAAUUGGAGAAUUGUCGAAAACAACGGGAAAGGACUGGAGGCAUCGCAUUCAAUAAUAAUAUUCAUGGAGAUGAUGGAAGAAAACGCGAAAUAAGUGAAAGCCAUGCAGGAACGUCAGCCGAUUCAUAUGUGCGGAUAUCGAUCGGUGGGAAAUCGUAUUGUGUGAGAACCGAACUUUUCACUCCAGAUGAGACGCGAAUGCAUCGUUUUGUCGGCAGUUCGCACGAAGAUCGAUUAAAG